GCAUCCUUCCAUGCCCAGCCACUGGUAACACUGAUUUCAUGAUCGUUUAUUUUGUUUAUAACUUGACGGUGCUUUAACACAUUUGUUUAUAACGUUAUAGUUUACAUAUAUGUAGGAAGUUAAUAUUUUUAGGAAAAAUGAGGGUUGUUUAUAUUUAUAAAGAAGACGAUGAAUCUAGGGAGUUAUCACGACUUUGUGAGGGAUAUCAUUAUAUUGGGAGAGAAGCACCAAUUGAGAGUAAUGAUAAGAGAAUAUCCAGAAGACAUGCACUUAUUGUUAUUCACAAAAAUGGAGUAAUCCUUAAAUCUGCUAAUGAAAAUCCCACCUAUUUCAAAUCACCUUUGGGAGUUACUGUACAAAUGUUACACAAAGGUGAAACUUUAUCUCUAAACAAUGGUGAUAGAUUAGCCCUAGUAGAAGAUGGUGUCUGGUUUAAAAUAAAAAUUAUACUCGAAAACAAUCUUAAUGAAGGUAUCAUGGUUGAUAGAUACAGUGAAAUUCACAGUAAAAGAUCCAUUGAUGAAGAUAAUAUGCAAUUUUCAAAGAAGAUCAAACUUGAACCAGAAGAUGUUUGCCAUUAUUGUGGUAAUUCAUCAUGUGAUCAUGACAAAGGUAGCACCGAAGAGUUAAAUGAAACAUUGCCCAAUUUCAAUUCAGACAGAUUAAGCUUAAACGCCGGAAACAAUGCAGAUUCAACUACCAAACAAGCUGCUUUAAACCAGUCUAGUGUAACAAAUACUAGUGUUUCUAGUCAUACACCACCAACAGCAGAUAACACUCCUGACUCUUCCAAUGAUACUGCAUUAGAAAUUAAAGAAGAACCACCAGAAACUUCUAAUUACGAUAACAGUAUACCUUCAUCUUCCAAACAAACAAGUGUACCAUGUAAAGAUAUAAAUAAGGAACCAUCAGAAGGUACAAUAACUUAUUCAGGCCAGUCUGAUGAGAUUGUCCGUUCAGGACCAAGUAAUCAAGUAACUGAAGUAAAGACUGAACCGAUUAUACAAGAUGAACACACAUCACAUUCUGACGACGAUAGUGUUUCUACUUUAGAAAUGGAACAAGAACCACCAGAACCCACAUCACACUGUGACGAUAGUGUUUCUACUUUAGAAAUGAAACAAGAACCACCAGAACCCACAUCACACUCUGACGAUAGUGUUGCUACUUUAGAAAUGGAACAAGAACCACCAGAACUACCUAAUAACGGAAUAAUUGCCCCUUCUAUAAAUGAGUCUACAGGAGCAAGCGCACCACCUUUGAUAAAACGUGAAGAAAUUAAAGUGGAACAUCCAGGAUCAAGUAAUUCUACAAUUAGAGUAAAGACUGAAGCAGCCCUAAAAGAAGAAUCGAAAUCAAAUACCGAUAAUCCAGAAACAAACUUAAAUAUACCUGCGAAUAAUCCAGUAGCAGUAUUGAAUAGAAGAAGAGAUAGAUGUUGGUAUGGCAGGCAGUGUUACAGGAACAACCCUCUGCACAAACUAAGUUUAAGCCACCCCGGCGAUCCUGACUACGAUAGUGAUACUGAAUUAAAUCAACAACCUUGCCCAUAUGGUCUACAGUGUUAUCGAAGAAAUGUAUUACAUAGACGUCUGUACAAGCAUUAUGGACCUCCAGCUGAAAGACCUCAUCAACUUACGUUUGCGUUGCUAUAGUGUAAUCUAAAGACAGAAAUAUUUGUUGGAUAUACCAAGUAGUUUUUUAUUGGAUAUGAAUUGAGAUAAUAUUUUGUGAUAUAUGUCAAUAACUUAGAUUCAUUUUUUGGAAGAAGAAAUUGUUGCCACAUUUAUCUAUAUUUCUAACUCCCUUCUAUAUCCGAUAUUUUAUUUUUGUAAUAUCUACUACUUAUAUGUACUUGUUAUUGCUAGAGCUUAUCAGCUACACUAUAUUUUGAUAUCGUUCACAAUGGAUCAUUUGAUCCUUUUUAAUACUAGUUUUAAUUGUUACUUUUAUAGAAAUAUAUUUUUUAAAAUUAUUUUUAAGACAAAAAAAUUUAAAGUUUAUAGAAAAACUGAAUAAAAUUUCU